CAUGCAGUGCUGUAUAAGAUGUUUUAGGUGAUAUAUUGAUUACAACUUUUAAACUUCCUUAUAUUUCCAAAAGGCGGAUAUGAAAGACCCUUGUGUCGAAAUAGACUGUGGGAACGGAGGUUAAUCGUGCGAAACUAAAGAGUGUGGCGCUACUGAGGUCAAUUUAUUGACGUUUUCAUUUGGGAAAGCAAAAAUGAGUUAUGUCACAACCCGUACAAGACUAUCAAAAGUUAACGAACAGUUAAAGUUUUCUAGAUCAAGGUCACAGAGUCCAACUUUAGCCGAUAGAUAUGUAGACAGGAUUUCAGACCAAAGAAACGCCGUACAAAAGAAAACGUUUACAAAAUGGGUCAACCAUCAUUUACAGAAGGUGAAUGUUGUGGUUAUGGAUAUGUAUCAAGAUUUCAGAGAUGGGAAUAAUUUGUUGUUGUUGCUUGAGAUUCUUACUGAUGAAAAACUGCCAAGAGAGAAAGGUCAACUGAGAUUUCACAAACUACAAAACUGUCAGACUGCUUUGAACUUUCUUUCCAGAAAACAGGUGAAAGUUGUGAAUAUUCAUCAGGACGACAUAGUUGAUGGCAAUCCAAAGAUUACUCUUGGUCUUAUUUGGAUCAUCAUUCUUCAUUUCCAGAUAUCAGAUAUCAAAGUUAUUGGCCAAGUGGAGGACAUGACCCCAAAAGCAAAACUUUUACACUGGUGUCGCAGGAUAACUGAAGGAUAUCCCCAGGUUGUAGUUCUCAAUUUUACUACUUCAUGGAAAGAUGGACUGGCUUUAAACGCAAUCAUUCAUAGAUACAGACCAGAUCUAAUAGAUUUGUCGAUCUUGAAUCGAAGUACGCCAGAGAUUAACGUGAGCAAUGCACUUACUGUGGCUGAGAAGGAACUAGGAGUACCAAGAUUACUUGAUGUUGAAGAUGUUGUAACGGAACAUGCUGAUGAAAAGUCUAUCAUGACUUACGUGUCUUCACUUUACGAGAAAUUUCCCCGAGCCGUUGCCUCGUUUGAAUCCAGCGAAGAUGAGGAGAAGGUUCUGAAAUAUGAGGAAUAUUGCAAGCAGAGUGAGGCACUCGUGGUUUGGAUCAAGAGAGUUAUGAUUCAGUUGGAAAGUCGAACUUUUCCUACAACCAUCAAAGGAAUGAAGGACGUAAUUCAAGAUUUUGAUCAGUUUUAUUCGGAGGAGUUCGGUCGUCUUGAGGAAAAGCGAAAUUAUGUUAAAGAAGUUGUGAAAGAUCUUCAUGUGUUUUACGGUCCAAUGUCCAGCUGGCUUGAAUUCCCACAAGGAUGUCAUCCAAGAGAUAUUGAAGUGCUUUGGUUACGUCUUUUACGCUGUAUUGAAGAACGUGGCUCGACCUUGCGAACUGAAAUGUCAAGAGUAAGAAAGGUUUAUCAGCUGGCGGAACAAAUUAUUCACGAGGCAGAGGAAAUGGAAAGAACAUUGCCUGAACUGGAAGCAAAGGUGACAGAGGAAGAACGUAUUUGGAGUACUCUUGAUGUGGAUGUUGCUUACGAGAGGUUUAAAAAUCUGGAAGUCAUCCUGAAGAUAUUUGAAGACAAACUUUACAAGAUUUAUCAAAAUUUUGAGUAUCUCAUAACUGGACAUUAUCAAGGGCUUGAGGAAAUACGAACAAGAAUUCAUCAGAUUCAAACUCGAUGGAAGAUUUUAUUAGGCAGAGUUUCAAAGUUCAAUGUUCAGUCAUCCAAACUGUUCCUAAAUUUUGACGUCCCGUCGCAUGAGAGGAAAACCAAAGCUGAUUGGGAUGUCCAGCAAGGACCGAGCGCUGAAAAACGACAAAAAGUUACUUCACCUCUCAAAUUUCCCAGCAUUCAAAGAGUUUCAAAGACAAGUCUACGGCAACAACAACAACUGGCACCUGCAUCCAAAGUGUCUGUAACGAGAUCUACUGUCAGUCCUGUCCAUUCCUCACUUGAGGUGACAUUGACUGAGAGUGAAAACAAUCAAACAAGUAAUACCCGUUCGCUAUUGGUUACAGUACAUGAGAAACUGAAUGAAAUACAGAGUUCUUUGUAUGGCCAAGAUCUAAAUUCAGUCGAACAACUGUACAAGGAACAACAGAAGAAACAUGAGGAGAUCAUGGCUUUGAAAGACGAAGUAGAAAAAGCUUGCAAACAAAUGAGCGAUGAUGGUUCUAACCCAGCAACAACCGAGCUGAAAAAGGCGUACACUGAACUAGUGACGCUCUCUGUUGUACGCACCCGGAAUUUGAGAAGCUUGCUAACCUUCAUGAGCGAAGCAACUAAGGAACUGAUUUGGAUGAACCAGAAAGAGGAAAUUGAGACACAAAGGGACUGGGCUGACCAAGAUUUGAACCUCGAGGAAACUGAAAGAUACAGAAAAGAUUUCAAAACCGAAUUAGAAAUGCAUGAAAUCGAGCAGAGAUCUGUGGUAGGAAAAGGAGAGCAUAUGAUCCAGUCUGGUCAUCCAGCACCACAGGCUAUUGAGGCCUAUGUGACAUCUCUGCGUCUGCAAUGGACUUGGGUAGUUGAACUGUCACGGAUUUUAGAGGAACAUCUGUUGAAUGCGCACGCAUAUCAUCAGUUUUACUCGGAAGCUAAUGAAAACAAGCUAUGGUUAGCAUCGAAGAUGGAAGAAUUGAGGCAACUGUCUGAAAGAGACCACGAUGGAAAAGCAGAAAUUGCUAUAACAUGGAAAGAAUUGAUGGAAUUAAAGCAAGAACUUGUUAAUAGACAUGACAAGUUGAGCUCAUUAAAGCUUCUGGGUAAAAGAGUUGUGCCAAUAAAACAAAGAUCAACUCCUCCUACAUCUAAAACUGUGGUACAAACAAUAACCAGUUAUAAACAAAUGCAAAAUGAGGUAAAACAAGGAGAAAAAUGUACAUUAUUGGACAACUCACAGCAACAAAACUGGAAGGUAUUAACAAGCCAGGGAAAGGAAUGUGUUGUACCGUCAGUCUGCUUUGUUAUCCCUGCACCAGAUAUUGAGGCUAAAGACUACUUGACCAGCCUGGAAAUUGAGUACAAACAUUUGCUAACAUCAUGGAAAGGUCAAUACUCAUCUCUUCAACAAACUCUCUCAACUCAACAAGUAUCCUCUAACGUAAAAGUCCUGGAACUGCCUGAGAAGGUCAAACUCCCAAACUUGAAUGACUCAGCGAGUGAAGACUUAGAAAGAUUAUUAAAGGAAGUGACGGAAUGCGAAGAUCUCGUCUUUGAUGAGAUGGGCUCGUCAACUAAACGAACCAGCCAGCCAAGUUUAGUUGAAGAACCUAUGAUUAAAAGUCGUGAUGUUGGCAAAACGUUUGCUGAAAGUUCCGUCAGUGAACCGGACAACGAAUCUGCUAUUGAAAAUUUACUCGAUUGGGUUGAAGCCACAGAUCAGAUUUUAAAGUCAAAAGUUCGAAGUAUUCCGUUGGACAUCAAUGCAAUAAACAGUGAACUGCAAGAAGUCAAGGAAAUUCAAACUGAACGGUUGUUUAGAAGAGAAGCAGAGUAUGAGGCUUUACAAAAUCAAAGAUUGAACGACCCCGUUUUGUUGGAGAGAUACGAACAAUUGCAGAGGAAAUGGAAUGGUACUUGUCAAAGACUUGAAGACCAUCAGAAAAGGAUGGAAUUACUACAUACUGUCGUAGAGAUUGUGGUUGAUCUUGAAGGAUGGAUUUCUCAUGUUGAAGAAGUGUUAGGUAAUCAGCCAGGAUUGACCAAACAAAAUGAAGAUUUACAUCAACAACUAAGACAGCUGAAGGAGGUUCAGACAGUGAUGCAGCCAAGACGAGAGCGUAUCUAUCAAUUAAAACAAGCCACUUUGAAACUCACGUCAUCAGAAUCUGAACACGCAGCGAACCUGAUAAUGCGAUGGGAAAAACUCAGUAAUGAAAUCCAGGCAAGAUCAGGACGAUUGCAGACCGCGAUCGAGGCUCUAGAGAAUUACAAGACAAUGUACGACACUGAAGCAUUGUGGGUCACACAAACCGAAGAACUGCUGUCGUCAGAUGAACUAAGAAGAGUUUCAGGAGAGUUGAGUGAAAUAAAGCUGCGACGAUACAAGGAAAUUUUCUCUGACGUUCGGAAACAUGGUAAGAAUAUUGAGACCGUUGUUUCUCAAGGAAAUCAAUACAUCUUCGACAGUAAGGACUUUGAAAACGCAUUGAAGCAAUACUCCAAAACCGUCCAGAAUCCUACAGACAAUUCAAUCUUCGAGAAGGCGACAGACGCUCAGGCUUCAAUACAGGACGAGGUAGAGUCCAUUCGAAAAAGGUACCAGGCUCUUCAGGUCCUGGCCGACGACACACGUGACCGGAUCUCACAUGCGAUGGAAGAAACCGGCCAUCCAGAAAUUGACGAUGAGACUACGAGAUGGAAUACGAGUGUACAGCGGUUGUUAGACUGGGUUGAGACGCAAGAGGAGUCUCUAGCCAAUCAGAGUGCGCCGUCGUUAGACAAAUCAGAGCUCAAAGAACAAUUAGACAGACACAGAAAACUGUCCAAAGAUGUCUUAGCGAGCCAGCAGCCUGUAGAGAAUACAUUACGGCAAGGUCGUAGGUUUCUGGAAGGCAACACAAGCUUCCUUCCGACCUCUGCCCGUGCUGAACUCGAUACGAAAAUGGUUAGCCUUGAAAUAAGAUGGAUGAGGCUACAACGAGAGUCUGAUAAUCGUUAUCGACGAUUGGUCGUGAUUCAUGAGAAACUGUCAUCGUUUGAGGAAGUUCUUCAUCCUUUUGUAGCAUGGCUGGGUCGUGCGGAGAAGCAAGCGGAUGCAAUAAUGACCGAGGGCUCAGAUCUAGAUACGGUUGAGGAUAGAAUGGCACGUCACAAGGAUUUUGUUUCUGAUGUGAAAAGACAUGAAAUUGAUCUGAAAGAAGUAAAUCACAACGGAGAGGUCUUCUUGCACGAAGCUAAGCUUUUUCAAGUGGAACUUGAGAAUUACGUCACUGCGGUUGAAAAACCAGAGCUUCUCGAAGGCGUUGCUAAAGACGCACAAGAGCAAUCCUGGGCACUAGAGAAUAAACUAUCAGAUAUCAACGAACGAUAUAACAGAUUGUUGAUCUUGUUGUCCGAGAAAGGAUCAGUUUUGAAUCAGUCGUGGCUACAGUUGCGCGAUUAUCACAUCAAGAUAAAUCAACUUCUCCCGUGGCUAUCAUCUUGUGAACACAAACUUGCGCUUAUAAUGCAGAAUCCUAGUGGAAAAGAUGGCGAGGAUAGUGAUUCGAAACUAAAGGAAUUAAAGUCCUUAGAAAGCGAGGCUCAUGCUCGUUAUCCUGAAGUGGUUGCGAUUAAAGUCGCCGGCCUCAAUGUUCCAACAUCCAGUACCCAGGCCACCGCUGCGGCGCCCAGAAAAACCGUCCCCGAACGCUAUGACGAGUUAGUGGCGACAAUGACGUCAUACGACACUGAGCUCCAGACCUCCGUUGUGACGACGAAGACGGUAAAAGAAGAUGCAAAGAAUUUAUUGAGAUGGUUGAUUGAAGUUAAGAAAAAAUUGGAGGGACUCAGACCUUUGCAAGAAGACAUUGAAAUGCAUCAGCAUAAAAUACUUCAAUUUAAGAUAAUUCAACACGACAUCGACCGACAUCGUCCGAGUGUUGAAGCAAUCAACGAACUUCAUCGCAAAAAGAAGGUGAAAGCAAAAGACAUCAAAUUGGAUCAUGUGAACAACACGUGGCGAGAGGUGAUGACGCUAUCGACAACUUUGUACACUGAAAUCACGACGGUUUUCGUGAGAACAGCGAAGAAGUUUGAUGAAUGGAUUGUGACUCGACUAAAUAGACUUAAAAAGGGUGAACUGUUGACAAGUGAUCUUUUGGUCUUUGAAGAAAAUUUGUCGAAAUUUCAAAAGGAGGUCGACUCUCGUGUACCACUAGUUCAAGCAGUGAACCAGAGUGCUCAUGAAUUAUUAACCUUAGACAAGGAUCCUCGCCGUAAAGAUUCUCCUGUUGUGAGCAGUUUAGACAGCUUGAAUAAAGACUGGCAGGAUUUGUCAGUGCAGCUCAUGAAUGCCAGUUAUAAAUACAACGAGAUUCGGGAACAGAUGAUAAAAUAUCAUACAGCAAGAAAGGAUGUUGUUGCAUGGUUUGAAUUGUUUGAAGCAAGAUUGAUAAAUUUACCACCAUUUGGAAUUGAUCCAAAGUCUAUCAAGAAACAAAUGUCUGAACAACAAGAAUUACAAGACGAGGCAAUAAAAUACAAAGCCAACAUCGACAUGCUGAUGGGAAUGGGGAAAGUAAUUAUCACCAUCACGGCGAAGCCUGGGGAAGAGCUUAUGAAACAGCCAGACCUUCCAAUCACUCGUGAUCUCAAGACAUUAAAUGAUCGUUAUGAUAAUAUAUGGCGUGAUAUUGAAAGAAGAGGAGUAGACCUGGAAACUACACUGGACAACGCAGAUAAAUACUUCACAACAUUAAAUGAAGCAUCAACAUUUUUGGAUGAGUGUGAGAAAACAUUAGCAAACCAGCCAGCCAUUGCUAAUGAUCUUCCAUCCAUUCAGAAGCAACUUGUUGCUGCAGAGAAUCUGCUUGCCAAAGUAGAAAACUUUACCCCAGUGAAAGACGCGUGCAGUUCUGGUGAAGAAUUAAUUCGUGGUCGAGAGAAUGCCCCGGGUUGCAAAGAUGUAAAGAAACAGAUAUCUCUACUGCGGGAAAGACAAGAGUCUGUGUUGGAACGAGUUCGUGCUCGCAGAGACAGAUUGCUUGGUGCUGCUGAAAGACCAAUGUCUCAGUUCAGAAAUGAAGUUCGAAUGUUCAGUUCGUGGAUUAAAGAAUCAUGGGAUACUAUGUCUGCAAUGUUGCAGGGUGAAGGAACUGUGCUUGGAAACAGAAGAAAAAUUGAGCAAAUUGAUAUCGAGAACGAGAGAAUGAAGCUGAUGAUGAAAGAUCUCAAAAGAAAUGGCGAAAAUCUCAUCAACUACAUGAACAGCAGUAACCAAAAUCCACAAUCUGUUCUGACAAUGAUAGAAAAAUUGAGCAAAGCUUUUGACGAGUUUCAGGAGAAGCUCCUAUUGACCAAAAACCACGUAAAUGAAGGAAAAGCUUUACCUGAAGAAGCAGAAUUGUUGAAGAAAGCCGUGGCGGUUGAAGCCUUCUCUGAACUACCUGAAGAGAGCUUUGAUACAACACCAACGGACACAAGCGAACAUGUAGAAGAAUAUACAGACGAUCAGGGAAGAAAAGUGAAACGUGUCGUCAAAAAGACAGUGUUUAAAACAACCACUACACAAGGCUACUCUACAGAAAAUGGCGACGAGCCUGAAGAACAAGUGGAGGAAUUUAUUGAUGAGCAAGGACGUAAAGUGAGGCGUGUUACUAAACGGAUUGUGAGGCGUGUGCAGGUACCUGGUGAAGUUGAAUCAUCUCGUGAAAGCAGUUUGGAAUCCCAGCCAUUCAAACUGCAUGUGAAACCGCGUGAUGAUUCGAAACCAGUUGGUCCGGAAGAGUUCAGCGAUGAUCAAGGAAGAAAGAUCAAGAGAAUUGUUAAAAAGACAAUUGGUCCACUCAGCAUGCCGGAGGAAAAAGAACCAUCACGAACCACACAAGAGACUAUAGACAGCACGAAAAUAACCCGAGUUAUCAAACGUACAGUCGUUCACACCAAUGGCCACGCUCCAGCUGAGGAAAAGCCUCCAAUCAACCAGGAGUUCAUACCAAUUGAAUUUGACAUCCCAAUACACACUGAACCUCAAGUGGAAACAGAACCCGAGCUUCCACAAGAAACGGUUGAAGAGUAUGUCAAUUCACAGGGCAGGAAAAUGAGGCGAGUUAUAAGGAGGACAGUGGAAGUUCGUACGAUGAUCAUCAAUGGUAAACCUGAACGAGUGGAAGAGCCCCGUGAGGAAAUCUAUGAGGAACCUGUCGUUGAAGAUGAACAGCCAAGUGGGCCAGCAGUUGAUGAACGUAUAGGUGUCAUUCGUGUACAAAGACGAGUCGAUCUACCAGACUGGGAACCAGUUGAAAUCUCAGACAGACCUCGUCGCUAUGAAUCUCACGAACCUGAUGAGCCUGUCCAACCUGUUGAAGCGAAACCUGCUAAACCAGUAUUUGGAUUACAACCCAGGAAAAGUGAAGAGAUAAUCAAACCAUCGACUGUUGAUCGUUCCUACACCUUGCCUGAGUUUGACGAACAAUUUAUGUUUAAACCCAACGUCUUGGAGGUGGCUGAGCCAAAAGAAAACACUGUCAGUGUACGCAUGCACGAUAAAGAGAAUCCGCUGACGUUUAAGAUUACAACGGUGAAGAAAAGCCGCGUGGGACAUGCGGAGGCUGGUCCGAGGAAGUCAAAUGAAUAUCCCAACAUGGAUGAACCAAAUAAGAUUGACGAGUUCGUUGACCAAGAUGGUCGUUCAGUUCGACGAAUAACAACAAAGAAAGUUGGAACAAGAACUGUGGUAAAUGGGAACCUCGGGGAACCUCAGGAGACCACAGUGGUCCCAGAAGAUCAUCUGGAGUUUGAAACAAGCCCAGAGAGGGCACCUGUUCAUGUUGAGAAUAUUAAAGGCAUUGAGGGACAGCAAGUCACCAUGGUAACCCGAAAGACAUUGGUAACGAAACACGUUACUAAAGAUGGCGUCAAGACCAAGGUGUCUGAACCAAUCGAAAAAGACGCUCCUGUUUUUGUUGCAAGGGAACCAGAUUCAAGUGAUGAACCGGGUGAAAUACAAGAAUAUGUUGACGAAAAAGGAAGACGUGUGAAGCGUAUUGUGCGAAAGACGUAUGUUACAAAAACCAUAACAAUCAAAGGACAGCAAGUAGUCGAGCAGGAGCCUGAGGAAGAGAGUCCUGAGGUGUCUGCUGAGGAACUGGAACCGGUUCUGGCAGGAAUUCCGUUGGAAAGCCUACCGAUCGAUCAAGGGAUUCCAGUUGAAGAGUUUGUUGAUGAUCAUGGUAGAGUUGUUAAAGUUAUCAUCGUCCGAAUUGUUGUCACCAGAACUGUAACUAAAGAUGGUAAAAAAACAGAGACCAGAGAACCUCAGGAAAUUGUGGUAUAUCUUAUCAAUGGUAAACCUGUCAAACCUGAGUCAAUCAUCGUGAAUGGUCAGCCAAUUGAACCAAAGAGACCUGACGAUUUUUCGCCAAAUUUGACAGAAUUUAUUACACCUUUGGAAGAAAUCCCGGUUGAAACUGUGCCAUUUGACCAAGGAACACCUGUUGAAGAGUUUACAGAUGACCAGGGCAGAAUUGUGAGAGUGAUUAUUGUCAGAACAAUAAUUACCAGAACUGUCAUCAGGAAUGGUGAAAAGACAGUGACCAGAGAGCCUAAGGAAGAAGUGGUAUACAUCAUUGAUGGUACGCCAGUUCAACCAGAGACCAUUACAGUUAAUGGUAAACCAGUAGAAGCAAAGAAACCAGAAGAUAUUUUGCCAACAAUAUCAGAGUUCAUCACACCAACAGAAACAGCUCCUGUUGAAAGUCUACCAUUUGAUGAAAGCAUACCAUUAGAUCAGGGAACACCAGUUGAAGAGUUUACAGAUGACCAGGGCAGAGUUGUGAGGGUGAUCAUUAUCAGAACAAUAGUUACCAGAACUGUCAUCAGGAAUGGUGAAAGGACAGUGACCAGAGAGCCAAAAGAAGAAGUGGUAUAUGUCAUUGAUGGUAAGCCAGUUGAACCAGAGACCAUCACUGUUGAUGGUAAACCAGUAGAAGCAAAGAAACCAGAAGAUAUUUUGCCAACAAUAUCAGAGUUCAUCACACCGACAGAAACAGCUCCUGUUGAAAGUCUACCAUUUGAUGAAAGCAUACCAUUAGAUCAGGGAACACCAGUUGAAGAGUUUACAGAUGACCAGGGCAGAAUUGUGAGGGUGAUUAUAGUCAGAACAAUAAUUACCAGAACUGUCAUCAGGAAUGGUGAAAAGACAGUGACCAAAGAGCCAAAAGAAGAAGUCGUAUACAUCAUCGAUGGUAAGCCAGUUCAACCAGAGACCAUCAUUCUUCAAGGCAAGCCUCUUGAACGAAAGAAACCAGAAGAUCUUCUACCAACGGUAGUUGAAGCCAUAACUCCGUCAGAGGUAACGCCAAUUGAACAACUCCCAUUAGAACGAGGCGUGCCAGUUGAAGAGUUCACUGAUGAUUUAGGAAGAGUUGUAAGAAUCGUAAUCAUUCGGACCAUUAUCACCAGAAGAGUUAUCAGAAAUGGUGAAGAAACUGUCACAAAAGAACCAAAAGAGGAAGUGGUUUAUCUCAUUGAUGGUAACGCAGUUGAACCCCAAACAAUAAUGCUCCACGGCAAGCCUAUAGAGCCGAAGAAACUGGAAGAACUGUUGCCUUCCAUUGCAGAAGUCCAGCCACAAAUGGAAGAAAUCCCGAUUGAAAGUGUACCAUUUGAUCAAGGUUCCCCAGUUGAAGAAUUUACAGAUGACCAAGGCCGAGUUGUGAGGGUGAUUAUUGUCAGAACAAUUAUUACCAGAACUGUCAUCAGGAAUGGUGAAAAGACAGUGACCAGAGAGCCUAAGGAAGAAGUGGUAUACGUCAUUGAUGGUAAGCCAGUUCAACCAGAGACCAUCACUGUUGAUGGUAAACCAGUAGAAGCAAAGAAACCAGAAGAUAUUUUGCCAACAAUAUCAGAGUUCAUCACACCAACAGAAACAGCUCCUGUUGAAAGUCUACCAUUUGAUGAAAGCGUUCCAUUAGAUCAGGGAACACCAUUUGAAGAGUUCACAGAUGACCAGGGCAGAGUUGUGAGAGUGAUCAUUGUCAGAACAAUAAUUACCAGAACGGUCAUCAGGAAUGGUGAAAAGACAGUGACCAGAGAGCCAAAAGAAGAAGUGGUAUAUAUCAUUGAUGGUAAGCCAGUUCAACCAGAGACCAUUACAGUUGAUGGUAAACCAGUAGAAGCAAAGAAACCAGAAGAUAUUUUGCCAACAAUAUCAGAGUUCAUCACACCAACAGAAACAGCUCCUGUUGAAAGUCUACCAUUUGAUGAAAGUAUACCAUUAGACCAAGGAACACCAGUUGAAGAGUUUACAGAUGAUCAGGGCAGAAUUGUCAGGGUGAUUAUUGUUAGAACAAUAGUUACCAGAACUGUCAUCAGGAAUGGUGAAAAGACAGUGACCAGAGAGCCAAAAGAAGAAGUGGUAUAUAUCAUCGAUGGUAAGCCAGUUCAACCAGAGACCAUUACAGUUGAUGGUAAACCAGUAGAAGCAAAGAAACCAGAAGAUAUUUUGCCAACAAUAUCAGAGUUUAUCACACCAACAGAAACAGCUCCUGUUGAAAGUCUACCAUUUGAUGAAAGCAUACCAUUAGACCAAGGAACACCAGUUGAAGAGUUCACAGAUGACCAGGGCAGAGUUGUGAGAGUGAUCAUUGUCAGAACAAUAAUUACCAGAACUGUCAUCAGGAAUGGCGAGACAGUGACCAGAGAGCCAAAAGAAGAAGUGGUGUAUAUGAUUGAUGGUAAACCAGUAAAACCAGAGACCAUAACAAUUGAUGGUAAACCAGUAGAAGCAAAGAAACCAGAAGAUAUUUUGCCAACAAUAUCAGAGUUUAUCACACCAACAGAAACAGCUCCUGUUGAAAGUCUACCAUUUGAUGAAAGCAUACCAUUAGACCAAGGAACACCAGUUGAAGAGUUCACAGAUGACCAGGGCAGAGUUGUGAGAGUGAUCAUUGUCAGAACAAUAAUUACCAGAACUGUCAUCAGGAAUGGCGAAAAGACAGUGACCAGAGAGCCAAAAGAAGAAGUGUAUAUGAUUGAUGGUAAACCAGUAAAACCAGAGACCAUAACAAUUGAUGGUAAACCAGUAGAAGCAAAGAAACCAGAAGAUAUUUUGCCAACAAUAUCAGAGUUUAUCACACCAACAGAAACAGCUCCUGUUGAAAGUCUACCAUUUGAUGAAAGCAUACCAUUAGACCAAGGAACACCAGUUGAAGAGUUCACAGAUGACCAGGGCAGAGUUGUGAGAGUGAUCAUUGUCAGAACAAUAAUUACCAGAACUGUCAUCAGGAAUGGCGAAAAGACAGUGACCAGAGAGCCAAAAGAAGAAGUGGUGUAUAUGAUUGAUGGUAAACCAGUAAAACCAGAGACCAUAACAAUUGAUGGUAAACCAGUAGAAGCAAAGAAACCAGAAGAUAUUUUGCCAACAAUAUCAGAGUUUAUCACACCAACAGAAACAGCUCCUGUUGAAAGUCUACCAUUUGAUGAAAGCAUACCAUUAGACCAAGGAACACCAGUUGAAGAGUUCACAGAUGACCAGGGCAGAGUUGUGAGAGUGAUCAUUGUCAGAACAAUAAUUACCAGAACUGUCAUCAGGAAUGGCGAAAAGACAGUGACCAGAGAGCCAAAAGAAGAAGUGGUGUAUAUGAUUGAUGGUAAACCAGUAAAACCAGAGACCAUAACAAUUGAUGGUAAACCAGUAGAAGCAAAGAAACCAGAAGAUAUUUUGCCAACAGUAUCAGAGUUCAUCACACCAACAGAAACAGCUCCUGUUGGUCUACCAUUUGAUGAAAGCAUACCAUUAGACCAAGGAACACCAGUUGAAGAGUUCACAGAUGACCAGGGCAGAGUUGUGAGGGUGAUCAUUGUCAGAACAAUAAUUACCAGAACUGUCAUCAGGAAUGGUGAAAAGACAGUGACCAGAGAGCCAAAAGAAGAAGUGGUAUAUAUCAUCGAUGGUAAGCCAGUUCAACCAGAGACCAUAACAAUUGAUGGUAAACCAGUAGAAGCAAAGAAACCAGAAGAUAUUUUGCCAACAGUAUCAGAGUUCAUCACACCAACAGAAACAGCUCCUGUUGAAAGUCUACCAUUUGAUGAAAGCAUACCAUUAGACCAAGGAACACCAGUUGAAGAGUUUACAGAUGAUCAGGGCAGAGUUGUGAGGGUGAUCAUUGUCAGAACAAUAAUUACCAGAACUGUCAUCAGGAAUGGUGAAAAGACAGUGACCAGAGAGCCAAAAGAAGAAGUGGUAUAUAUCAUCGAUGGUAAGCCAGUUCAACCAGAGACCAUUACAGUUGAUGGUAAACCAGUAGAAGCAAAGAAACCAGAAGAUAUUUUGCCAACAACAUCAGAGUUUAUCACACCAACAGAAACAGCUCCUGUUGAAAGUCUACCAUUUGAUGAAAGCGUUCCAUUAGAUCAGGGAACACCAGUUGAAGAGUUUACAGAUGACCAGGGCAGAGUUGUGAGAGUGAUCAUUGUCAGAACAAUAAUUACCAGAACUGUCAUCAGGAAUGGUGAAAAGACAGUCACCAGAGAGCCAAAAGAAGAAGUGGUAUAUAUCAUUGAUGGUAAGCCAGUUCAACCAGAGACCAUUACAGUUGAUGGUAAACCAGUAGAAGCAAAGAAACCAGAGGGUAUUUUACCAACAAUAUCAGAGUUCAUCACACCAACAGAAACAGCUCCUGUUGAGAGUCUACCAUUUGAUGAAAGCGUUCCAUUAGAUCAGGGAACACCAGUUGAAGAGUUUACAGAUGACCAAGGCAGAGUUGUGAGAGUGAUCAUUAUCAGAACAAUGGUUACCAGAACUGUCAUCAGGAAUGGUGUAAAAACUGUUACAAAAGAACCCAAACAGGAUGUUGUAUACGUUAUUGAUGGUAAACUAUUCGAACCAGAGGCCAUUUUAGUAGAUGGAAGACCAAUCGAACGCAAGGCACCAGAAGAGUAUUCUGUGUCAUUGGAGGAAAUUCCUGUUGACCUAAUAGUUGGUGAGGAACAAGAACCAACUGAGGAGAAACCUGUGAUUGAUGAACUUAGAGAGUUAAAUAAAGUGCUGGAUGAAAAUGCCAUCAAUAUUCCUGUAAAGAUUGAACCCGAUGAAGAAGCACCGUCUGUGACAACUGUCCAGUUCGAGGAACGUUUACCUGAAGAGGACUAUAGAGUUGUGGACUUUUCUAAAGCAUCAGUUGAAAGAGACGUCCCAUUAGAGAGCGUGAUGGAUCAAGCAGUUGCUGAGUUAGCUGAGACAACUGAAGAACGACCAGAGGUUAUGUUACUUGCACCAUCCGCUGAACAACAAGACCGCGUCGUUCGUCGCGUGAUCAUCACUUCAGUAGUCGAGACAUACUCUGUUGUCAUCAUUCGGGAGAUAUACCUUCGUGUUAUUCACGGAAAUUCUCUGCUAGCUCAGAAAAUUUUCGACAGCGGUGAACUGAGUAUUCUUUAUGAAGAAGUGUUAAAAUGGUUGAUGGAAACUGGAAAGAAAUGGGAUAAUUUAAAACCUGUGUCUGGGGAAAUAGAAAUUUUGAAUGAACAAGACACAGCAUUAAAGAGUCUUGAAACUGAGGUUGAACGAUAUGAGUCUAUCUUCAACACGAUUUUCGACAUUGGUGAAAAAACUGUCAAAGAAUUGGACGGUUCUGAAGCAAAGGAAAUUGAAGAGGAGUUGACUGACAUAAAAAAUGUUUGGUAUCAAUUGAUUACGCUGCUACAGGAUCGUAGAAACAAAAUCACAAAUGUUGAACCGCUUGCUAUAAAGUACCAGCAAGCUUUGCAGUCUCUUGCUCAAGUAAUGGCGAAGACAGAAAAGGCUUUGGGUGGUUUCGAGGUGAUCGGAGCAGAACCUCAGAAAGUGCAGCAACAACUUGAAAUGUUAAUGGCAUUGAAGAAAGAUGUUCAAGACGGUGAAACAUCGUUUGAAGAUAGCGGUUGGAACCUCAUUGAAGAACAUAACUACUCUCCUCAUCAUCCCCAGUCCACCGCCGAUAUGGCUUCGAUCACAGAGCAGUUAACGACAGUGAAAAUUAAGGUCAGCGACCUUCUACAUAAAAUUGAUGCUACUGAAGAGAACAAGCAAGCGCACUUGGCUGAGGCUGAGAGGUACACGAGGAACAACAAGGAACUCGAGGAUAAACUGUGUGAUCCUGCUACACUGAAGGAUGCCAGAGCUCCCAUUGAGAAAGAAAUUCAUGCGAUAAAAGAUGAACUCUCGGAGUUACAAGCAGUUCAGGAUGUCACGAAUGAUAUUGUACGACCAUCUUUACAUACGGUUGAAAGCUCUGGUCAAUGGAUUGUUGGAAAUGCAAGGAAGGAUGGAGCAAGUGCUGAGGACGUUGCCUCGGCGAUAGAACCAAAUGUCACCACUAAGAUAGACACCGUUAAAGAACUGGACUGCAAGGUCAGUGACAGAAAAGACAAACUACAUGAAGUUCUUACAAGCUGCCAAACAUCGGAACAAACACUGGAUGAUCUGCUUCACUGGCUACGUGCAAACGACAAGGCAAUGAAAUCGUUAAAACCGAUGUCGGAGAACAUGGAUGUCUUGUUGAAUCUACGUGACUUUUACGAGAAUUUGCGAAACGAAUUGUCCAAUCACGAACCGUUGUACAAUGACGCAAUCAAAUGGAGUCGUGAGGUGAUCAACAAAGAACGACCAGGAGCGUACCGCAGUGGCCUGGAAAAGAAAUACAGUGAAGUGGUGACACUUUGGCGAGAAUUAAAGAUGAAGGUUCGUUCAAAUCUUCGAGAGUUAAGUGUGAUCAUCCCGCUGGCCAAGAAGUACCACUGCGCAGUUAAACCUGUUCGUGAUGUCACUAAUCAGGUCUUGAAAUCGUAUGUUGAGCAUCGUCCAUUGGGCUCAAAUGUCGAAAAAGGUCGCCUAGAAAUCCAUCAAAUGGAGGAAUUGAUUAAACUACUCGAAAGCAAACGAGAGGACGUUGCAGCUAUGAACAGCACAAGCCAAGAAUUGAUCUACACGCUAAUCAAUUAUUCUGACGCGACGCAACAGAUUAUAGAAACCUCGACAUUCUUGAUGAAACGUUACGAAACCUUGUUGCGUGGAACACGCGAGAUGUUGAUCGCAACACGCGAGGAAGUUGAGUAUAUCGUGAAGUUUUAUGAUACAUUACAAGCCCUGGAAAGACACCUGAUUAAGAUCGCAAAGAUUGUACGAAAUACACGGAAACGGUCCAAUGAUCCAAGAAUAAUCAAACAUUACAAUGAACAACUAAAGGCUGCGAGAAAUGCUCUUUCAGAGAUCGAACCUCAAAUGGAGUCGCUCCAGUCCACUGGACUGUGGCUUCUGAAUGUAAACAGAGACAAUCAACGCUACGUCCUUGAUCUGAAAACGAAACUGAAUGACAUUUCUGAAAUGUAUAAUGAUCUUGUACGGCAAAGCAGUGGGCAACCGUCCAGUAAACUAAGUGUCAUUCAGGAAGCUGAUGAUUACGAAGAUCUUUUGGAAGACUUGUGUCUUUGGUUGGAUGAGAAAGAGAAGUUUGUUGCAAGACAGAGACCACUGACGGCUAAAGAUGAUGAACUGAAUUCUUUAGUUAACGAACAAAAGAUAUUCCUGAAGGAUAUCGCAAACAACAAACCAUUGUACGAUGACGUAGUUGAGAUGGUCUUGGAUGUCGUGUGCACCACAGAGCCAAGUCCCAAACGUGAUGCGCUUGAAGAUAACGUUAACGAUGCUGUACGCCGCUGGGAUAUUUUAUCGAGGAACGCAGAAAACCGGAUGAGGCAACUGAACAGAAUCGAGCCACUGAGCGCUGAAUACGAAAACACAAAACACGAGUUUUUUCGCUGGUUAACUGAUACUGAAUCUGCUAUUAAGGAGGUCCCCACAGAUGAGGUGGAUCAGAUCAGUUUACCGAAAUACCUGGAACAAAUUAAGGACCUCCACGAAGACGUGCGAAAGCACAAACCUGUUCAUAAGCUGUACAACAAGGUGGCAGAGUCUCUCAUGGAAGCCUGCAAAGAAUUGAAACUCACAACAGAAAUUCCUGAACUCAGAAAGGAUGUCCAACUCACGAGCGUCAGAUGGGAAAACCUGAAUGAAGAGUUAAAGGAAAAAUCGAAGAAAUUGACGAGCUACAAACAAGGUUUACGAGACUAUCAAGAUGCCCUUGUACCAUUCCAAGAGACUGUGACGAAGGCUGACGAAGUAUUUGUCAGUCAGAUGGCUGUUGGUUUGGACAAAGACAAAGCACAGAGGCAACUCGAUACCGUUAGAGAUUUGAUUAGUACAGUAGACAGCGCUGAGGAGAAGCUAGUAAAGUCAGCAAGACAUGCCCCAAUACGUGAAAAAACUCUGGACACCUUGUCCGUUCAACGCAGGACGAGAAAUAAGCUGGUUAAACAAGAAUCAUUACUAACGCGCCAUAUCAAAGCUGUGGAAACAUUUGAGGAAUUAAUUAAACAAAUCAAGCAAUGGUUGGGUGAAAUUAAGGAAAAAAGUUCGUUGAUUAAAGAGAGUCCACUCCCAGAAAAACCUGAAGAAGUUAGUAAAACGUUACAAGAAAUUGAAGAUCUCCUGAAUGAAAUGGGAAAACUGCAUGAUACUUUCAAGACCGCGGAACAGGCUGGGCACUGGAUUAUUGAACACAGUCCCGAUAACCCUACGACGGUAUCCGAUGUUAGCGAAGACCUAGAGUCAGUUAAAAAGGACAUUGAUGAAAUUGACAGUGAGCUAGCAAAUCUGAAACAACAGUAUCUGCUGAGUGUCUUGGACGAUAAACCAUUCAAUGUUGUGUUGGAUGACUUUGCUAAUUGGCUAGCUGAUGUUGAUAGGAAGUUGUCGAAAGCAAAGAAGCUCUCUGCUUCACAUUCAGUUGUCUCGAAACAAAACGAUAAAUUACAGGUUAUCAAAAACGAAUUACGACAGUUGGAACCAGUCCACGAGUUCAUCGAAAACAAGACAGAGGAAAAAACAGCUGAAGUAGCACCCGAUGCAAACAUCCCGAAGAAACUAUCACAACUGAAACGUUACUGGACAUCUGUAUCAGAAAAACUGAAUAACAGAGAGAACAUCAUCGCUGAUCUCUUGCCUGCUGCAGAAAAACUAAAACUGGGCAAAGAAAAGUUUGUUUCACAUAAGAAUACAGUGGAACAAAAAUUACACGCAAUACAGCCAGUUCCCGUUGAAGAACAAGAACUUCGUCAACAACACAAUACUCUGCAGGCGCUUUGUACCGAUGUUGAAACUGGGACAGAGCUUUUUGAAGAUUAUGCGGAAGCCUACCAAAAUCUUGUUCGAAUAUGCGAGGAAAAUGGCGUUUCACGAGAUCUGGGUAAAAUCAAGACAGAGUUUAAUCAACACAAUAUCUCGUGGCGGGAGACUCGCGUGAAGGUCCCGAACGACACGUAUAACGUGGAGAAUGUUCAAGGAGAGCUAAAACGAUAUGAAGACAAGUUCCAGAGUGUUCAGGACGUUGUUAAUUCGGCUGAAAAAAUACUGGACUCUGAGUCAACAGCGGUAAUUGAUGAAAGAAUCGCUCUGACCGAUUGGCAAAAGAUAAAGACGAAGGCAACCGAAUUGGAAAAUCUGGAACCAGGUUUGCGGGAACUCUUCAACAUUGAGCGUCAACUCAUUGAAAUCACAGACGAAGAAUUAGUCGACAUCCAACCAGUUCAGGAAAGAACCUCAUCUCUUGUACGAAGAUAUUUCCAGCUUUAUUCAAGACUGCAGGAUCACCAGGCGUUACUUGCAGACGUUUACGAUCAUACCAAGAAGUUUGUGAACUCAAUACAAGAUUUGAGGAAGUGGUUGCCCGUUGCUAUGGCUAAGCUAGAUGACGUAGAUAUUGAUAGUGCAGAGCAGAGCAAUGAAACUAAAUUAAAGACGAUACAGGAAAUGAAGGAAGAGCUAGUGGACAAGAACGUUAAGUUGAACGAGGCCACAGAAAAUGGUUUAUGGUUGAAAGAUAAUUAUGGGCAAAAUCAACACAGAAACGCAGCCGUGGACAGGCGAUUGAAUAAUAUCGAACAAGAAAUGGACAAUCUGAAAGAAAAGUUGGCGGAAAAGAAUGCGCGAUUGCAGCUUGCUUUGUACAAGAAACAGAGCUACGAGAUAUCAAUGGAUCAAUUUAUGGCAUGGUGUGUCUCAGUUGAUAAAAUAAUGAGAAAUCAAGAACCUGUCUCUCUGAAAUAUUGUGAGAUUAUUUUGCAACAACGCAAAAUACAGGACGUUAAUCAUGACGUUAAAAAUGCUGAAGCUUUAUACGAGUGUUUGAAAAACGCCAGCUUUGAUUACAUUGACGGCGAAGAGCCUGGGGUGAAGAGGGACCUUGCGAGGCAAAGAGUUAUUAACAUCACCAAGUACUGGAGAAUCAUACAGAAAAAGACUGCUGACCGUACAGAGAAAUUGAACGAAGUGUUUCCACUUGUGCGUGACUAUCAUGAUAGCGUGACGUCAUUUGUACCAUGGUUGAUAAUUGCUGAGAGAGAUAUGCUGGCCUUUGGGACCGUCAGUUGUGAUCAUGCGCAGUUGAGAAAGCAAAGAGCUGAACUUAAACGUCUUGAAGAUGAGGUGAAUGCCCAUCGCCCAGUAUUGCAACAUCUUUGUGACAAACGUGAUGGCGUUGUAAAAAUCUCAGACAAGAAUUACAUCAAGUCUGAUCAGGCUGGUGAAGUCGCGAGCGAAGUGAAUGACAUUGUUGAUCGUUAUGAUAAGUUGAGAGCAACACUCGAGGAACGCAAACAACAGCUGAGUGAAGUUGAGAAGAAAGUUGAACAGUACAAUGUCGUUCUUCAUCCAGUCAAGGAAACCAUGUCGGCGGUCAGUGUUGUUUUGGAAAGCGAAGUACCAAGUGUCACUGAGCCAGAACUGGCGAAGGAGGAGAUUGUAAAGAUUGAGGAAGCAAUUCAUAACGUCGAAGCUGGACAGUAUGAAGUUGAGGCUAUCGGGGAGCACGAAGCUGAAAUGCCAUUACCUGUUGUAACUGUAAACACAAAAUACACCGCAGCUCUGAUUGACUUGCAAAAGAGGAAAACAUUGCUCACAAAACGAUCAUCUAAGAUGGACAUAUUUGAUACGACAUCGCAAGAAAUUGCCACGGCAACCACUGAGAUUGCGAGCGAAUUUGAGGCCUUGGAACCAGUCAGUGAAGAGCAAGAAAAAGCUCGCCAGCAGUUGGUGGAAAUAAAGGUUAUCAGAAACAAGCUGCAUCCAGUUGAAAUUAAACUGGUUGUGAUGGAACAGACUCUAGUUUGGUUGAUUGAAUGUAAUCGUGAUGAUCCUGCAACAGUCGCUCUGCUAAAAGGACGAUACAGAAAAGCAGAAGAGCCUGUGACGAAGCUCGUUACCAAGGUUACAUCACGUGAGGUGAAGCUGUAUGAUAUCGUGACAGUGGUGUUGAAACCUGAGGUGAAUUUAGACGGAGUGCAAGAGAAAAUAGAAGAAUUUGAGAAAGCGUUUAGCGAGGUUGAACCUGUAUCAGCAAAAUAUGAUGUCGCAAUUCUUGCUCAAGAACAGCACGAGCCGUUGUAUCACGAAGUUCUAAACUACGACACAAUUCUGAAACACAUCACUCAACAAGUCCAAGAACAACCCGGCCAGUCUCCUGAGACACGCAACAGACUUGAUGAGCUCAAAGAACGUUGGUCUAAACUUUAUAUCAAAGCUUUGGAUCAUCAACAGACUAUUGAAGAUGUUGUUCCGGCCGCGAUCACCUGCGAGGAAGCCUGGGAAGAGUUAGAGCCACACUUGAAUGAUAUCGAGGCUAGAUUAAGGAAGAUCACGACCAUACCCGUGGAACAUAAGGGACUUACAAAACAACAGAAUAUACUGAAGAGUGCUGAAGAGACGAUUGAGCGCGUCACACCCAUGUACCAAGAGUACAUUGAUACUGCUAUGUCAUUGAUUGAUACGUGCAAGUUAGAUGAGGUCACACGUGACGUGGCUGUCGUACAGGAAAAACUUGAUUUCACGGAGAAGAGGUGGGCAAAGAUCAAGGAAGUCAGUGACGAGAGAAAACAACAAAUACAGGAGGCGCAGAAACUCGUGAAGAAAUUCCAAAGUAUUGUAUCACCCUAUGAAGAUACUCUCAGGAGCUGUGAAAAACGAACUAAGAAACCGAGGGAGCUUGGGUCCCAACCAGAAGCAUUGCAGAAGUACUUGACUAAACUACAGAAUGCAAAGAGCGACCUCGUUACAGUGAAUUCACAGGCAGCACCUUUGAAAUCUCGUCUUCAAGCUGCGAACAACUCGAGCGAAAUAAUCGAUUAUUCAAGCCCAGUUGAGCGUGUGUCACGACUCUUGGAUGAAACAGAAGCCCUGGAUGAAGAUGUGGAAGACAAGAUUCAGUGGAUGACGGAAGUUAUGGAAAAGACAGCUGAGUUUAAUACUGCUGUCCCAGAAAUGGAGGAAUGGUUACCCAAGGUUGAGCAGAGUCUUGAGAGCAUGCAGCCUAUGAGCACAGAUCUUGAUGUAAUCAAAGAUCAGAUUAAAACAGUCCAGGAAAUCUUACACGAAGUUGAAGCUAAGAAACCGCUGAACGACAACAUUCAAGCGACCGCGGAUUGGCUGACACAGGCGAGAAAUGAUGAACCAAAGGAAGUUGGAAAGAUCAAAGAACGAAGCUCUAACGCGACUGACCGCUAUAGCAAGUUGUUGAAAGAGCUCCAGAGUCGUGAACGAAAGAUGAUUGUGAUCCAAAAAGAAAUGAGCACAUCAGAGGAGAUCAUGGAGCCUUUGGAACAAGUAUUUUCCCAAGUAGAACAACUGGUUGAAUGCGCACCUCCGGUCUCUUUUGAAGCGCAAGAAGUUGAACUUCAUCUCGAGAAAAUAAAGGAAGCCAAAACUCAGUUGGAAGAAUCAAAGCCUCACGUUAAAGAACUUCGUCGUUCCAGUAAAGAGAUUUUACAAGCCGUAGAUAAAGAUUCAUCCAGCUCUGAAACUGUUCAAAGCCGACUGUCAGGUGUAAAACAAAGACAACGACGCUUGCUGGCGAAGGUUCACAAGAAACAAUCGGAUAUGGAGAGAGAUAUGAAUGUCUUCAAAACAUUCCAUGAUCACCUUAAGACUCUUGAGACGUGGCUUGCUGACGUCGACACCGCAGAGCUUGAUCAACCAAUCAGCAUUGAGCCUGAUGGAGUUCGCGAACAAAUUCAUAAGACUGAGACCUUGAGAGAUGAGGUUUACGAACAGUUAUCUUUGUUGGAAAAGGCGCAAAAACUGGGUGAGAAAAUUAUCUCAACUUGUGAAGAUGAAAAAGCUGUCAAGGAUGAAGUAAACGGAAAGUUAGGAAAACUAGAUCAAGAAUUUAAAGAUUUAACGAAGAAAGUGAAUGAUCGACAGAAAGAGUUAAAACAGGCUUUACUGGAAAGACAAGAAUUCCGAGAAGCGUUUGAUGACAUGAAGGAUUGGCUUGUGAGCACAAGUGAAAUUUUGGAAAUGCAAGGAGCAAUAUCUGUGAAAUAUGACGUGCUUGUUGAUCAGAAAGCCAAACAUCGACCUAUCGCUGACGACAUCACACAUCAUACGUCAGCAUUUGAUCAUGUGAUGAAGAAAGGCGAAGAGCUCCUGGAAACGAGAGCUCCGGGAAAAGAGAAAAAAGUCCUUCGAAAGAGAUUGGAUGAUCUACAGAAACGUUGGGAUGAUGUCACCACGCAAUCAUCAACACGCGAAACACAGAUCGAGAAAGUCCUGGGACUAGUGGAGGAUUACAACAACGUGAAUAAAGAGUUUGUCACGUGGCUUAGUGAGGGAGAAAAGAAAUUGGAAACGACUCAUAAGUUAAUCCACGAUGAAGAAGCGGUCGAGAAACAACAAGAGUUGCUUGAAGAACUUCAUGACGCCGUAGAACAUCACAAACCUGAUUAUGAAAAACUCAACCAAGUUUCUGAAGAACUUCUGAAGGUCGGCAGAGAACUCGAUAUGAAUGAAGACAUCCAAGUCUUAGAAAAAGAAAUAGAAUCCACCAAUCAGCGAUGGAUAAAUCUGCAACAGGAUAUUUCUGAGAAACUGCAUACAGCUGACCAAGUUGAACACGAGAUGGCAGACUUCCAAGAAUGCGUCGCCACUCUUCGUAGCGGUGUGGAUGAAAUAAUUGAUUCCGUGAAAGAUAUCCCCGUGUUUGAUGUGCCUGUGGGCGAUGAGAUUGAGGUUAAGGAUAUCAAAGUGGUUCCAAGAAUUCCGAAGCCAGGAGAGAUUGGUAACAAUAUUAACACACUGAAGAAAGCAUUGAAUAAAAUGGAAGAACGAGAAUCUACUGUCGACAAAAUGAAUGAACUAGGCGAAUCUUUGGUGGAAAAAACCAACGCUCCUGAAGUGAAAUCGCAAAUGACAGACACCAACGAAGAUCAUGAGAGUCUUUUGAAACGACUAAACGAUGGAAAACAGACGCUAGAUGAGGUAGCAGUUCACUGGGAUGAGUUCAAGUCGAAGAGCACAGAGGUUGAUAAGAAGUUGCCAAAGUUGAAGGAGAAAGUGGAGGCGUUAGAACCUAUCAGUACUCGACCAAAUACUGUGAGAAAGCAGCUACAAGAAUCAGAGAAUAUCUCGAAAGAAGUUUGUGAAGUCGUUGAAGCUCUCGAGAGUGUUCAAGAAGAACAGGACUGGUUGUUUGACAAUACUGAAGUCGAACCUGAGGUGAAAAAUGAGAUGGAAGAAACAGUAAAACGAGUGAAGAAGCCUCUUGAUGAGGUACAAGAGGAAGUUAAGAAAAGACAAAAUGAAUUGCAAACUGUGUUAGUUUUGAGUCGAGAAUUUGAAACCAUAUCCGAGGAGCUCGUGUCUUGGUUGACAGCAGUUGAAGAAGAACAGGCCAAAGAGAAAACUGUGUCAGCCGUAUAUGACACUGCGAAGAAACAACAGCAGGAACACAAGCCAAGAUUGGAAGAUAUAAAGAAACACGAACCUCUGUAUCUGAAGAUCGUGGAAGAUGCGAGAGAGAUCAUUGAAGACACGGAACAAACUCCAGAACAAGAGUCUCUCGUAAAAGAAGUUAGUGAAAUUGAAAACAGAUGGCAAACUGUCGUUGCAAAUGCGGAGACGAGAGAUCACGAACUUGCCCGAGUCCUACCCGAAGCAAAGCGAUGUCAAGCAAAGGUACAAAGCCUUGAACCUAAGCUAGCUGAUCUCGAGAAAAAGUUGGAGUCAUUGCCUGACAUGUCGGUCGAUACAGACGGCCUGGAAAAGCAAACGAAAGAUGCCGAACAGUUACGAAAGGAGGUCGAUGAUCUUGCGACAUUAAACGAAGAAAUGACUGAUAGUUGUAAUACGUUAGUUGGAAAUCCGCUGGCAGAUCUUACAGUUGUCGCAGCUGAAGUUGAAAACCUAAAGGCACGCUAUAGUGCAAUCCUUGACCGAGUGUCUGUUUGGCAAACUAAAGUAAACAAUGUGGAUGAACAAGUGAACCAAUACAACAAAAUGAAGGAACCAAUCGAGGAGACUGUGGUGAAUGCUGAAAAGAGCAUUCCAACGCAUGAUUCACCAGUUUCUGAUGCGGAGAGCGCAAGGUCAGAACUCGAGGCUGUUGAGAAAUCUAUUGAAGAACUGGAUGCACUUCGUCCUGAGAAAACUAAUGUAACAAAGAUUGGCAGUGAAAUAGUGAAGGAGGUUGGGGAAGAAUCUCCAAAGAUCGCUGUCUUUAAGGAAGGUAUUGCCACUUUGGAAAAACGUUUCACAGACGCCCGUGAGAAAGCCGUGAUGAGAAAAAUCUUCCUGGAGUCACAACUUAAACGACUAGAAAUAUACGAAGUAAAUAUCACUGAAGUUGAGAUCUGGAUCAAGAACACACUGGUCAUACUUGAUAAACUGGAACCAGUCAGCACAAACCCAGAAAAACUUGCUGAACAGCUCAAGGAGGCAAACACGCUACAAGACGAGGCUAUUGAGAAGAAACAAGUUCUUGAAACAGCGCUUGAAGCUGGUCAGUGGUUGGCGGACAACACAAAUGAUGUCGAGCAGAGAAACAGCAUUGUGGGAAGGAUGACGAAAACACGCGCGAACUUUGAUCGUGUUGCAAAACGCGUGGAUGAUCGCUUUGACCGUCUGCAAAUCGCUGAAUUGAAAUCCAAGGAUGUUGAGGUUGUUUUUGAUGAAUUCAAUGAACAACUAAGGAAACUGGAAGAAGAAUUUGACAGUCAGAGUCCUGUUUCAGCUGUGAGAUCAGCAUUGGACGAACAAAAACGAAGUACGGACACCAUUGAUGACAACCUGUCGCAAGUUGAGCCAGUGUUUGAAAAACUGGUCGAUCUUGUCCAGUCUCUCUUGGACACGUCGGAGCCGAGUGAAGAUCGUUGGUACUGGAGCAUAAACUUGAUGACGUCAAAAUACGUUGGUACUGUCUACGUGAGAAGGUGCCUGAACGUGAAGAACAAAUUCUACGUGUGUUACCGCUGGCAAGAAAGUUUGAAAACAUCACUGAACCUUUAACACCCUGGCUUGAUGAAACCGAGCG